AUGCAGCGCUCGAUAGCUGGCUUUUUUGCAAAGAAACGGUGAGUAAAAUUGUUACUGUAUUAAAUUGAUUCAUAUUCAUCAUAUUACAACAAUUUCAAUUUAAUGUUAUUUUCAGAGUAACAGAAGAGAACAUCUCAACCGAGGGCGAGCCUCCUGCUAAAGCUAGUAGAGCACGGUAAAGUAGAAUGAAAAUGUAUUAUAUAUAUUAUUUAUUGCACUAUUCUUAUUUGUUAUUUACUGUAAACUUGGUUUGCUGCCGUACAGCAGCUACGGCUUAUGCGCGCGCGCCGCGGGCCACGAGUUGUGUUGUGUAAUACUUUUACAAAGUGCCUGGAAGUUUAUCAUUAACUAUCUGUACGGGAUGCGCUUAACUGGACAAUCACUUCCUGUUUUAUCAAUGACGUUUCCUCAGGUCUAGAUUUACAUCAGUAAUCACACCAAAAGGCUUAUCAUGACAUCAUUUUCCCGUUGACAGACUUUCAGAGACUGAGUCUGAGCAGACUUCAAGUCAACAACAAAGUAGCGAAAGCCGCCAAAAUGAACGUUGAAACACGGUGAGUGAGUUUGGUGAUUGUUUUAAGUUUAUAAAAAACUUGUGCUAUCUUAAUUGAAACUCAAUCUAAAAAAAUAUAAAAUACUUAUAACUUAUUGUAAAAUUAUUUAUUUUCUUCUGUAUCAAACAGAGAACGCCAAGACACUGCUGUUGAGCAAAGACAAGUGAAUUCAGGUGAGCCGCAUUCAUUUGAUUGCGAAUCUUGUUUUUCGAAUGCUUGAUUCCGAUAGUUUUAUUUAACCAAUGUUUGAUGAAAAACAGAAGACCUUCGGUAAACUAGACUAGUGCAUGUGAACAUAAUUUUAAUGAGAUUGUUCUCUGUAAUAUCCCCUUUUUGUUAACUUUAACAGGUCAUUGCUUGUACGACCUUCCUUCUGAUAUAUUGGAGCACAUCUUUCAAUUCUUCAAAGUGCAAGAUUGCCUGAACAUUGUAGCACGUGUUUGCAAACGUUUUUAUAAAAUAGUGAAUGAUUCUGGGGCAUUAUGGCGAUCGCUGAAAACAGAUGCCGAAUUUGACGUUGAUAGUUUUGAGUUAGUCAUUGUGAAUCACGCCAAGCACUUUCGUGAUCUCGCAUUGCAGUUUUCUCAAAAACGUGUCCGUUACAAUAGUCCUGCUAUGCACAUUAAAAAUACUCCUGCAUUAUGUGAAAAUUUAAGGCAUCUGGAUUUAUCAUACAAUUCCUCAAUCACCACUAUAGAGUUCAUUGGCGAGAUAAAUUGUUAACGAGUCUGAUUUUGACUGGCUGCACAAGUAUCGAGCCGAACAACACAAUGAAUUGCCUAAAAUACAAUGGUAGUUGCCUUAAAGUGUUAAAUAUUUCUCAUUGUCAGUUUGGUGACGAGCAUAUAGCUUCUUUGAUAGAUGUUGUUGUAAAAAAUCUCACGUCCCUAGAAAUAUUUCAUGCAGAAAGCACCGCCCUGUUUUCAAUAGACAAUGCACGAGAAAUAUUGGAAACAAGGGAUCUUAAAGAAUUAUAUAGCUCUAUCCCCAAAUUGGGGUCCUCCACCUAUUUGGGCUGAUUUCUUGGAAGAAUAUCAACACGUUAACUUUGGAGAACAUUUUAAGCUCAUCUGGAAAGGAUCAAGUGAGCAAUUUUUUUAUAUUCUGACGAGGAUUUGUAAUAUAACAUUUAAAAUGCGCGUCACCAAUGAUCACCUUUUUCCUAUAUUUCAUAGAAACCUUUAAUCAAGGGGAAGGUCAAGGUCCAGUUACAGCGGCGCCAUACGAGGUCAGCAAAAUCAUCGACCAUGCAUUUGUUGAUUCUCUAAGCGAUGCGGAAAAAAUGCAGUUCCUCGAAAAAAGCUGGCGACCUCCGCCUAAUUCGAUACUUGAUAAGCAAGUAAUAAAUCGUGCUGGAAAAACUGUCAUCACUAAGUUCCAAACAAAAUGGCUAGACCAGCGAAAUUGGCUUGCGUAUAGUGCCAAUCCUUUGCAUUGUGGCGGAUGGUGCAAAGUGUGUCUGCUUUUCUUAACCACAAAAGAGAAGGACGCAGCGUUGGGGGCAUUUGUUAAAUCAGCUUUUAAGCAUUAUAGCAAGUCAAAGGAAAAGCUUGAUUCGCAUGAAUCAGCAGACUACCACAAGAAAGCAGAAGAACGUGGAUUGUACGCGAAAACCCAGCUGCAAAACAUUGCUAACCGUAUAGAUAUUCAAUUAAACAAAGUAACAAAUCAAAAUAUUAAAAGUAAUAAGGCAAUACUGCCCCAUAUCGCCGACGCUGCUCGCUUAUGCGCAGUGCAGCAGAUUCCUUUUAGAGGACACAGAGAUGACAAAAUACAGUACAGUUUACGCAAGAACCUACCGACAAUGAAGGCAACUUUAUCGCCAUCAUUCGUUUAUUAG